AUGGAAUAUGUCUUGCGGGUGCACACUCCGUUCCGCGAGGAAAACGAUUCUCUGCUCUUGCUCCUACUCGAACAAGGUGCUGGCAUCGACAGUACCUUCGCCACUGGCGCAACCCCGUUGUGGGUUGCAGUGAACCAGCCAAAUACACACCUUUCUCAACGCUGGAUAGCCAAUGGGGCUGACGUCUAUUUUGCUAAUGAUGCCGGCAACACAAUUCUGCAUGUAGCCGCGACUGGUUACAACGAGGAGGUUAUCCGCUCUCUUCUUGUCAAGGGAACAAAUGUUCACUUGAAGCAUGUCGUAGGGUCCAACGUGUAA